CACUUGCACUGUGAUCAUCAUGUCUCGGCUUGCACAAGAAGCUAUCGCCUGCAACUCAGUGUCUACCACAGGAAAGCUCGACUCGCGUUCGCCUUCCAUUAGGGUUUUGAAUGCCUCAGAGCGAUGCACUACAUGCAACCGACCGUGGCAUGCAGCGCCGGCCUUGCCUACUGAGAUCCUGUAUAUCAUACUCCAGCUAGUCGAUUCCAAGCAUGAUCUCGCCACACUGCUCCGUGUGUCUAAACUCUUCCAUCCCAUCGCCUUCCCAGCUCUCUACCGCUCCAUACCGAAUAUGCGGCCGGUGCGCCGCAUGAUCGCCUGUCUUAACACUCUCGCAACUGACGCUUCAAAGGCCGAGCUGGUGCGCACACUAGUGGUAGACUGGUCGAUGCAUCGGGUCCUCGGAAACCUUCUUCGGUUACUGAACCGAGCAUUGAAGCAGCUUAGAUUCCUCCGCCACCUCUCAAUCGAGCUCUCUCCCUACGACAACCAGUCCGCUCAGGCCUGGGUGUUCUCCGGUGCCAACUUCCAGCUGCAGACGCUUUCCACAUCUGCGCGAUGCGAUGAAGGCCUCGCACGCUUCUUGGAGACGCAGCCGUCCAUCCGAGAGCUAUCCCUGCGCGGAUUCCAGACCAACUCUCCAUUUAUUCUCUCUUCCUCAGCUCUGCCGCACCUCAUAUCGUUCCGGACCGUCCAUGCCGGCAUCCCUGAGCUGUCUACAGUCAUCAAGGGCAGACCUCUCGAGGUAGUCUCGAUCUCACUUUAUCAGGGUGAUGGAUUUGCUCCGCUCGAUACGCUCACACUGGCCAGCGGUCACAUCAAGCGGCUCACCCUCAUGUCAUUUGAGGACAUCAAACCGGACGACAUGCUUGCUGCUGUGGCCUGUCGCCUCCCUCAGCUUGAAGCUUUAUACAUCGUCGUGCUUCUUGGAAACUAUGAUGAAAAAAUGCUCUUGAAAGCGGGCAACUCAUUAUCGAAUUUCCACAAGCUACAAUAUAUCACAUUCAUGGCAGGGCAGACGACCUCUCUUGAAGACGAGCACGGCGUCGCGACGUACUGGCACAAGUCGUGCCCGACCUUGAAGACGAUAAUUCUGCCGAAGGGGCAGGUAUGGUUCCUACAGGAAGGACGAUGGACAUGUUAUGCAUGAGAGUUCUGGUUUGAUCAAUUUGGUUACACAGCUUUGGAGCGAUAUCACUGCACUAUCGAGUAAAUAUUCACAUUCAAAGAUUAGCAUUUGGCUACAAAAUACUACAUGCAUUCGCUCUCGUUCUCCUUCAAAGCCACUUAGAUACAGUCUAAAUAUGUACAUCAGCAUUCUGGAUUGUUACAGUACGGUAUCCGGAUGACGCUUAUCCACGACCUCUCGCAUUAGCCUACUCGCAAUUGAUGUCAGAAUUUGUAUUAUAUUAACUUCCGAACGUGGAUCUUAC